AUGAAGAAGCUUCUCAAAGUUGUGUUACUCUUGUUCGUUUACUUGACGUGUUCAAUGGCAAUGGUGCCUUAUCGUGGUUGUGACCAGAUCGGUGGAUUGGGAAAGUACGCGAAGAGAGUGGCUAAGGAUGAUGUUUUGUCGGGUCGUAAGUUAGUAUCUGGUCCGAGUCGUAGUGCUUGUGGCCACUAG